AUGGAUGAAGAAUUGGGUUGGGCUUUGGUGUUAGGGGCGGAGCUAUGGGCAAUCUUUAUUGGGAUUCAACUUGCUGUUAAUACAGGAAUCUCUAAUUUACAGGUUGAAAGUGAUAAUUUGGUUGUUGUCCAUAUUUUGAAUGGAGUUGUUUGGCCUCCUAGGUCUGUGUUAGCUAUUGUCAAGCGCAUAAAGGCUUGUUUGCAGUCUCAAGGUUCCUAUCAAAUCACUUACAUUUACAGCGAAGCAAAUUUUGCAGCUGACUGGAUGGCUACUUUCUCAUCAUCUUUGGAGUUAGGCACUCACAUCUUUGAAGAUGCUCCUAUUGGCAUCUGUUCUAUCUUAGAGCAAGAUGUUAGGGGAGUUACUUUCUCUAGGCUAAGUUCUAGUUAG